GCGCCGUGCGCCGGGGCCGAACGCCGCCGAGUGCUUCGCUUCCCGCUCGCUGCCGUCAUGCUGCGGCUGCUGCUCCCGCUGGCCGGCCUGGCGGAGCUCCUCCGUGCGGCGAAUAUACCGCAGAAGACUUUUGGGAUUGAUUAUGGCUGCAACUGCUUUGUCAAGGAUGGGCGCCCUUUCCGUUACAUCUCUGGCAGCAUUCACUAUUCCCGGGUGCCCCGGUAUUACUGGAAAGACCGCCUCUUGAAGAUGAAGAUGGCUGGGCUGGAUGCAAUUCAAACGUAUGUACCAUGGAACUACCAUGAAACCCAGAUGGGCGUGUAUGAUUUUUCUGGUGACAGAGAUCUGGAGCAUUUCCUGCAGCUUGCUAGUGAAACUGGCUUGCUGGUGAUCCUAAGAGCUGGACCUUACAUCUGUGCAGAAUGGGACAUGGGUGGUCUUCCUGCAUGGCUGUUGGAGAAGGAAUCUAUUGUUCUGAGAUCUUCUGAUUCAGAUUACCUGACAGCAGUGGAGAAAUGGAUGGGGGUCCUCUUGCCAAAGAUGAAGCCUCACCUCUAUCAAAAUGGAGGUCCAAUCAUCAUGGUACAGGUGGAGAAUGAGUAUGGAAGCUACUUUGCUUGUGACUAUGACUAUCUGCGUUCCCUCCUGAAGAUCUUUCGCCAGCAUCUUGGGGAUGAGGUGGUGCUGUUCACAACUGAUGGUGCAAGCCAGUUUCAUUUGAAAUGUGGAGCUCUUCAGGGUCUUUAUGCGACAGUAGACUUUGCCCCAGGUGGAAACGUCACAGCAGCAUUCUUAGCUCAGAGGAGCAGUGAACCUACAGGCCCUUUGGUUAAUUCUGAGUUUUAUACUGGAUGGCUGGAUCACUGGGGGCACCGUCACGUUGUUGUACCCUCACAAACUAUAGCUAAAACACUUAAUGAAAUCCUGGCACGUGGUGCUAAUGUUAACCUGUACAUGUUUAUAGGUGGAACUAACUUUGCCUACUGGAAUGGUGCUAAUAUGCCUUAUAUGUCACAACCCACUAGUUAUGACUACGAUGCUCCACUAAGUGAAGCAGGGGAUCUGACUGAAAAAUAUUUUGCUUUGAGGGAGGUCAUUGGUAUGUAUAACCAGUUACCAGAAGGUCUUAUCCCUCCAACAACAUCCAAAUUUGCCUAUGGGAAGAUUCGCUUGCAGAAGGUGGGCAGUGUGGUGGAGGUUCUUGAUAGGCUGUCACCUUCUGGACCAGUGAAAAGCACUUACCCAUUAACCUUUGUUCAGCUCAAGCAGUAUUUUGGAUUUGUACUGUACAGAACGAAGCUUCCAAAAAACUGCACAGAGCCAACACAACUGAGUUCACCUUUAAAUGGAGUCCACGAUCGUGCCUAUGUCUCUGUGGAUGGGGUUCAGCAAGGAGUCCUUGAAAGAGACAAGUCACUAAUGAUAAAUAUAACUGGAAAUGCUGGAGCAAAUCUGGACAUCUUAGUAGAGAAUAUGGGCCGAGUCAACUUUGGAAGAUUCAAUAACGACUUCAAGGGUCUAGUUUCAAAUUUAACUCUCGGUCAAGAUAUUCUUGUUGAAUGGGAAAUGUAUCCCCUAAAUAUAGACGGAGCAGUGAACCAUUUCAUUCAUGGCUACCCUGGCCACCCAAAGAGAUCUGAUAGCAAUCCACAGAGUUACCAAGCACCUGCCUUCUACACUGGUACACUUUCAAUUCCUGGAGGGAUUCCAGACUUGCCUCAAGACACCUAUGUUAAAUUUCCUGGCUGGACAAAGGGGCAAAUUUGGAUCAACGGCUUUAAUCUCGGUCGCUACUGGCCAGCCCGUGGCCCUCAGUUGACCCUUUUUGUUCCAAGGAAUAUACUUGUUUCAUCAGUGCCAAACAACAUAACAGUGUUGGAGCUGGAGCAUUCUCCAUGCAGCAUCCAGCUGUGUGAGAUAGAAUUUGUAGAUAAACCUAUUAUUAAUGCAACCACACAGUACGAAAUUGAUGCACCCCCCCUGUUUGUUAGAGACACGUGGCUGAGCCAUCUAUAAUGAUUUGAGUAGUUCCUACGUUCCCCCUACUUUGCUUCCCGUUUCCUUCAAACACAGUUCCCCUUUUUGAAGUCAAUGUUAAUCAGUACAUUGUCUAGCUGAGGCAGCUUUUUAUAUUCUUCAAAUUAAGCUGGUCAGAGUUAAAUACACAAAUUCUCUUGAAAAAGGAAAGUUGUAACUUCACAGUUUGCCUUGGACUGUGAAACUGAGCUCAGCUAGAAGAUAACUGUAGCAUCAAAGUCUACUAAAAAUGUGCUCCUGUAGGCUGUUUGCAUUACAGAAACCCUUUUAUGAUUUUCUUUUUACUGUCUUUUGCAACUGGAGAGAAGCCUACAGAAGGGCUGUUACAAUCAUACAAGCCUGCUGCUUGCUCAUGUGGCCUGGCAAGUCAGUGCUGCCAAUGGACUGGAUACUUGCAACUCUUUUUUUUUUUUCUUUUUUUUU